AUGAUUACAGUGACCGAAGGGCAGGCACACGCUUUCUACGUACUCAAAUACGAAGCGAAUCGCUCUGGAUCAUCUUUAGUCGUACCUUCCGAUCAAUGGAAACUCCUCAGAUCUCGCCUCAACAAUCCUAAUCACCCUGCAAACAGCGGAUCAUUGAUCAUACCGAUUCCGGGCAUCGAUAAAAUGAUGGUUACGACCCAGCAACAAGUCCAGGCUGGUAUCAAGCAUUUUGAAAAGGGAAAAUCUUCCCCGAGAGAAGAACCAACAAAUGGACAAGUACCAGAUCUUAUGAGUAGAAGGAUUAUUAAGAAAGUGUUGCAGGAAGGUGUGCUGUAUUUGCUGGCUGUUAAUCUGCCCAGUGACGAUGAGGUUCAGGAAUCUGUUACUCAGCUUGAGCAUAUCAUUGCAGGGGUUGAGACUACUGUCUUUUCUCAAUAG